GAAAACUGAUGUAGUUGUACAUUGAAGGUUGAAACACACACCAAAUAGUUUACUGAACUCUGUCUGCCCCGUUUGUAAAUGAGUGAACUAAAGAAGACAAAAAUACAGAUUAAGUUUAGACCAUGAGCUUCUGUGGAAAUUCAACAUUUUGGGACACCAACCUGACCCUUAACGCCAGCUGGCCGAGGUUGAGCCAAUGCUUCCAGUCGACGGUCCUGGUCUACGCCCCUGCCGGCCUGCUCUGGUUCAGCAGUUUGAUUUACCUGCCCUACCUGUUGUGUCGCGAGACCCCGGUCUGUGGACCCAACACCUGGCUGGCCACCACUAAAACGUGCCUGUCACUCCUGCUAGCCGUGAUAACAACAGCCAACAUCAUCAAGGAAGUUCUCUACCCAUCACCGUCGUCAUCUUCUUUUGAUGAGAACCAGUUCAUCGACGUCACCAUCACCGCCUACUUUGUGGCCAGGGUUGUUGAAGGAUUAAGUUUUGUGCUCUCGGCUAUUGUUGUUCAACUUGAAAAACGGUGUUGUGUUGUGACGUCCGGAGUACUUUUCUCUUAUUGGUUAAUUCUUUUGGUGUGCGACGUCGUUCCUCUCUAUACAUACAUCAUUUUAAAGGUGUAUGAGGUUGAUCUAAUGAGAUUUUGUGUUUUUGUGGCAAGUUUGUUUUUUGUACUGCUGCAGCUAGGGCUCAACUGCUUUGCUGAUAUAGGCCUCUAUACUUACAAUAGAUAUACUUCAGCGAACGAUUGUCCAGAAGUGAAGGCGUCGUUUCUGUCACAGCUCUCAUUUGCUUGGAUCACCAGACUUAUCUUAACUGGCUACAGGCGAGCUCUGACUUCUGAAGACCUCUGGAACUUGAACCCACGUGACUGUUGUGAAACUGUAGUUGGAAGAUUCACUAGGGCGUGGAAUAGCUGCAUCAGAAGAAAAGGGCUUGACAGACAAAAAAGCUGGCAGCUAGGAAAUGGGACUUCGAGUCAUUCCAACAGUGACACUUCUGGCUCGGACAGGGUUAAUGGUCAGACUGGGAGUCAUUCGUCAAAUGAAAGAUCGCCAUUGUUAAAAAGAUUUAUGUCAAAGAGAAAAGAUGAAGAAGUGGAAGUUGUCAAGUUGCCAUUAAACAGAAAAACAAAAUGUUCACUUUUUAAAGUGCUGGUCAAAGCUUUUGGCUGGGAAGUUUUCUUGUCUUACAUUUGUAAGGCAGUCUCAGACGUCUUACAAUUUGUUGGGCCCUUUCUUCUCAAAGGGUUGAUCCUCCAUAUUGGAGCAAUCAACUUAGAACCAGCCUGGUAUGGCUAUGUUUUAGCUGCAGCCAUGUUGGGUGCCUCUUGGUGCCAGACAAUUUUUUACCAUCAACAUUACCAUCUAGCCAUGACCUCGGGAAUGAGGAUGAAAACUGCUCUCAUGGUUGCUAUUUAUAAAAAGAGCUUAUGGCUAGACACAAGCAGUGAACACCAAAGUACAGCUGGUGAGGUCGUUAACCUCAUGUCUGUUGACUGUCAGAGGGUGCAAGAUCUAAUGAGUUACACCUGGAUGGUGUGGUCAAUUCCCUUACAGAUAUUUCUAGCAGUUUAUUUACUAUGGAACACACUAGGAGUUCCUGUACUGGCUGGGCUGGGUUUAUUGUUGCUGCUGGUACCUUUCAAUGGUGUCAUUGCAUACCACCAGCAGAGGCUGCAGCAUAAAAAUCUGUUAUGGAAAGAUAAAAGAAUUAAGAUGGUCAAUGAGGUUCUUAGUGGAAUUAAGGUACUCAAGUUAUAUGCUUGGGAAGAAUCAUUUCAAGAAAAAAUUAUUUCGCUUAGACAGAGAGAGAUGAAUGUUUUGACAAAAUUAGCUUGGCUUAAUGCUAUUAGCAUUUUUAUCUGGACAUGUGCACCAUACUUGGUGUGUCUGGUAUCUUUUACUACAUAUCUCCUGGUCUACCCAGAUCUGCCAUUAACAGCUGAUACAGCAUUUGUGACUUUGGCGCUCUUCAAUAUUUUACAAUUCCCUAUUGCGUUUAUUCCAGAGAUGGUCUCUUUUACAACCCAGGCAACUGUUUCUGUGAAAAGAAUAGAAAAGUAUUUAUGUGGAACAGAACUAGAUCGUUCACAUUACAAUCGGAGAGAUUUGAAAGAUACUGCUGUAAGUAUAGAAAAAGGACUUUUUACAUGGGAUCCAGAUGCUAGCUUUAGACUUAGUGGAAUAAAGCUAGAGAUUCCACGAGGCUCAUUAGUAGCAGUUGUUGGCCCAGUGGGUUGUGGGAAGUCUUCUUUACUGUCUGCAAUACUUGGAGAAAUGGAUCGUCUGCAAGGUCAAGUUCAAACAGCUGGCAGUCUUGCUUAUGUGCCUCAGACUGCUUGGAUUCAGAAUUGUUCUCUACAGGACAAUAUCCUCUUUGGCACAAGUUUCAACUUUAAAAAAUACUCUAAGAUCAUUGAGGCUUGUGCCCUGAAGCAGGACUUAGACAUUCUAGAAGGGGGAGAUAAAACAGAAAUUGGUGAAAAGGGUAUAAACCUGAGUGGUGGUCAGAAACAAAGGGUUACCAUUGCAAGAGCCCUUUAUUCUAAUGCUGACCUCUACUUACUAGAUGACCCCUUGAGUGCUGUGGAUUCUCAUGUUGGGAAACAUAUUUUUAAACGUGUUUUGUCUGACAAGGGAAUGCUAAAAAAUAAGACUCGCAUCAUGGCUACUCAUGCUGUCCACUGGCUACCACUUGUAGAUAUAAUUAUCGUCAUGCAGGAAGGACGUAUAACAGAGAUGGGAUCAUAUUUACAGCUGAUGAAGAAAGAUGGAAACUUUGCCCAGUUCCUAUUGGCUAAUUUGAGAAAGCAAAAGGAAUCUGAAUCAGAAGCAGAAGAUGACACAGAAGUUAGAGAAAUGAAAAAGAAAAUAUGGGAACAUGUUGAAUCAGUGACCAGCCAAUCAGAAGGCAACACAUCAGGAGAAGAUGUGGUUAACUUCCAUCAAAGCAGACUGGAGACAAUGGCUGGUGGCAGUGGAUCAUCACCAUCAACUCCAACUGAGGAUAAGAAUGAACCCUAUAAGCUGACAUCUGUAGUGGCAGGAGGGGGGGUUGGAAAUGGAACAGUGCUUAGACUUACAGAAGAUGAAUCUACUGAAACAGGAUCUGUGAACCUUCGAGUAUUUCAAAGCUAUUUUAAAAAUGUUGGAUAUUGUUCCACUAUAAUUAUUUUUUCUAUGUUCGCCCUUUUCCAGGUUUUCAGUGUACUGGCCAACAUUUGGCUGUCUAGAUGGACUGGUGAUCCAGAUAUUCAGGCAGGAAAUAUUACAGUAUCUGAUUUAAAACUAAAGAACCAAAAUUACCUAACAGUGUAUGGAGCCCUUGGUGCCGCCCAAGCUCUGUUUGUUUUUAUAUAUGCUUGCAUGGGGGCACUCAGAAUGGUUUCAGCUGCUUCUUCAAUGCACGACUCCAUGCUAGAUAGAAUCAUGAAGGCACCAAUGAGCUUUUUUGACACUACCCUAAUAGGAAGAAUUGUUAACCGGUUUUCUCGAGAUGUGGAAACAUUAGAUAACCAGUUGCCACAGAUCAUUUUUAUGUGGAUUAUGUGUGUGUUCUCUGUGAUGGCCACACUUGUUGUAAUAAGCAUCAAUACGCCAAUAUUCAUCAGUGUCAUAAUACCACUCUUCAUUGGAUAUUUUGCUGUUCAGAGAUUUUUUGUGCCAACAUCUCGCCAACUUAAAAGAUUGGAAGCUGUCACUAGAUCUCCAAUUUACUCUCAUUUUUCUGAAACAUUAACUGGAUGUCAAGUGAUCAGAGCUUUUGAUGCCAUUGGUAGAUUUAGUCAGACUUGCGUUGAGCGCAUUGACCGGAAUAUUGUUUUCUAUUUUGCUGGCAUUACAGCCAAUAGAUGGUUAGGUGUGUGGAUUGAGGCUGUUAGCAGCCUUGUUGUGUUUUUUAGUGCUGUUUUCUCUCUCCUAACCCCUGGAAUUAAUGGCACAUUGCUUGGACUUUCUGUUAGUUAUGCCCUGCAGAUAACCCAAUCAUUGAAGUGGUUGGUCAGAUCUAUGAGUGACUUGGAGACCAAUGUUGUCAGUGUUGAAAGAGUUCAGGAAUAUUCAAAUGUUGUUCAAGAGGCCCCACGUUACACCAAUGUUCGGCCUCCACCAGACUGGCCAGAGAGAGGAGAAAUCAUCAUUAAUCAAUAUUCUACAAGCUAUAGAGAAGGAUUAGUACCAGUGCUUAAGCAGAUUACCUGUUGGAUUAGGCAAGGGGAAAAGAUUGGGAUAGUUGGGAGAACAGGUGCAGGAAAAUCUUCAUUAACAUUGGCCUUGUUUCGACUCAUAGAGGCUACUCAAGGGGAGAUUAUCAUUGACAACAUCAACAUUUCAGUUCUUGGACUUUAUGAUUUGAGAUCUAAGCUGACUAUUUUACCUCAGGAUCCUGUCAUCUUAUCUGGUACAUUGAGAAUGAAUUUAGAUCCCAAUGGUGAAUACCUUGAUCAAGAAAUCUGGACAGCUUUAACUAUGUCCCAUUUAAAAGAUGCUGUUUCAAGCAUGCCUGCUGGUCUAGACUCUGAAGUUGGAGAGAAUGGCUUAAAUUUUAGCAAUGGUCAGAGACAGCUGUUAUGUUUAACAAGAGCUCUCCUUCGUAGAAGUAAAAUUUUAAUAAUGGAUGAGCCAACUUCAUCUGUGGAUGUAACUACAGAUAAUUUGGUGUUAAAUACAGUUCAAAGAGUUUUCAAGCAUUGUACAACUAUAACAAUAGCUCAUAGAAUAAACACAAUUUUGGACUGUGACAGAGUUAUGGUGAUAGAAAAUGGCUCAAUUGUUGAGUUUGACAGCUCAAAAAAUUUGUUAGAACAAGGAGAUAGUCAGUUCUACAAACUUGUAAAAUCUUCAGGAGCAAUUUGAAAGUUUUGUCUUUGAUUUUAAUCAGUUCUUUUAAAAGCCAUCAAAUACAUGAAAAUGCAUAUCGUUUUUCUUAUGGGAAUAUAGUAUUAUGAACUAAAAAUCUGGUCCAAAAAUGCAAACAAAAAAUGAAGUGAAUCUUCAAAUAUGUUAUUAGUUUUUUAACUUUUUAAAUUCUAUCUCAACAAUUAUAUGAGGGAAAAAUUGACUAACUUUUUAUACCUAAUCUUAAUAAAUCAUUAUUUACAUAACUAAAAAGUUAUUAAUAUUAUUGCUUUGUAAAAAUGACAACAUUACUCCUUAUCAAUUCCAUAUUUUAAUUUGUAAUCAUUGUUUCUGUGUCAUGUUGUAAAUAAUUUAUUGUGUUAACUUUCCUUUGUCAAUCUCUUGAUUAAAUUUUUAAUAUGUGACAACAGUUACAGAAGUUAAUUUAAAUCUGGGUUAAAUGUACUGGUUCAUUACUUGUCAUGAAAUUUUAUAAAUGAAGAACAUAUAAUAAUGUUUUGAGUAUUAAAGUGUUUAGAUACAUAAAAUGCCUUAAGAUCUAG